AGUUGACGGGCAAUUGUGAAAAUACUUGAUCUGUUUCCGGACGCAGUAUUAUCUGUGCAUAUAUAGAUUACAUGUUAGCAUAUUUAUCACGCCUAAUGUGACCGCCGCACAGGUCUAUUUGGUAUGUUAUUGGAUUUGAAACAAGCUUUAAUGUCAUUUAGACAACCAAAUAAUGGAUGAAACGGAACAGGAUGUAAUUAAGGAAAUGUUACCUAGUAUUGUUGAGGACUUUGAUCCACUUUAUGUUUUGCCGUGUUUAUACAGUUUUUUGCCAUUACAAGUGUGCUCUAAACUAAGAACGUUUCGUUACAGACACGAUAGAGUAUAUUAUUUUAUAGAAAAGGCUCUUAACUCUUUGACUUUGGAAGAUGUUUUUAAGAUUUUCUCGUAUCAAGGUGCGUACAUAUUUUUGAUUGAAGAAAUUCAAAGAAAAAUUAAAAGGUGCCAAAAUGAAGAGGUUUACUAUGCCAUUAAAAUUAAACUUUUCACAAAAGAUAGACGCGCACUAGUGGAAUUUAGACAUCACCUUAAAACAUAUUCUCUGACAGGGAACCAAAUAUCAUUUGACAAAGAAGUAAACGAUGUGGUACAAAAAUGGACAGACAUAUCGUACCGCGGAACAUUGACGAGAAAAGAGCAAGUAAAGCUUGCAGAUAGAUAUUUCUUCGUUAGAGAUGCACAGUGCGAAAAUAUGAGAUUGAAAUAUGACAGUAAUCUUCUUUGUACAAAUGUUCUCUUCGAAAUUGAAAAAGUAACUCCAUUCACAUCAAAUCCAGUUCUGGUGUUAAUGAUGUACUUAGCACGAAAAGGUUCUGCCAUAAUUAUGUCAAAUCCAGCUCUUCGCGAAGAAGCAUAUAAGGACUAUAUAGAAACGGCAGAACAUUACGUUGACCAUUUACCGGCUUGUCGUGAAACCGGACUUGUAUUUUAUAUUAAAUAUAACUUUUUAUGCUUAGAGUAUGAGCAAACACAUGAAAGUAAGUUAAAGUUUAUUUUGUUUGCUACUGCAGAAAAGGCUAUUGAUCAUUUUUGUAGGGAGUAUCAAACAGUUGCAUCAGAUUUCCAUAAUAUAUUUUUUAUCAAACUAGCUCAUCUUCAUUUAGGAAUAGGUGUUUUGGGGAAUAAUAUAGACGGUGUUUCCAUAACACGAAAAGACAUUGAGAGUGCUGAAGAACUGUUAUUCAGGCUUAAUGUUGGAGAACUUUCUGACCGAUGGAAAUGGGGUCUCUAUAUUGCUAAAUCAAAAAUUUUCUUGAUAAAUAAAGACUUUCAAAAUGCUCUUAAGUAUGCUUACCAAGCAUUCAAACAUGCUUUAAAAGGGAACUUUAAACGAGAAAUCAUGGUGACAGAGGAAACAAUACACACUUUAAGUUACAGAAAAUAUUGGAAAAUGAAUAAUUUGGAAGAAGUAAAUGGUAAUCUUGAAAUUGAUCGUUGGCAUUUGGAUUUAGUUUAUGAAAUUAAUUACAUCAUGGUAUGUCUUGUCUUGUUUAUGUUAAUGAUGGGUUUUUUUAUUUAUUUUAUGCGUGUAUUUGUUUCUUGCUGAGAAGCAUAUACAGACCUUUGGAGAAAAUGAAAAACAAGAAGCUUUCUAGAGGUUUAUUUGUGUAAAACUUAAAACAAUAAACAUGCAUUUAAGAAGG